AUGGCAGCGGUGUUUGAUGAAAUUCCGGUUAAGAAUACCGUGUGCGCAAACGCACUUUUGUCGGGUUAUGCUGAAGCUAAGAUGUGUAUUGAUGGACUUGAACUUGUUCGGAAGAUGCAUGGAAUUAAUUUGAAGUAUGAUAAUUUCACGUUAUCAGCAGCUUUACAUGCAUGUGCUGGGCUAUCUGCAAUAGAAUUUGGUAGGCAGGUACAUGCAAAUGUAAUUCGUACAGUUCCUGAUUUGGGAUCUGAUAUGUUUCUGCAGAGUUUGUUAAUUGAAAUGUAUGGAAAGUGUGGACUGGUAGAGAAGGCUAGGCAAGUUUUUAGUAUGUCAGGAUUUGAACCAAAUGAUACAAAGAGGGAUGUAGUUUUAUGGAGUUCAAUGCUUGGUGUAUAUGGAAGAAAUGGGAGCUAUAUAGAAGUGAUUGGAUUAUUCAGAGAGAUGCUGAUGGAGCGGAUUAGACCAGAUGGGGUGGCUUUUGUGACCGUCAUCUCGGCCUGUGGUCACACAGGCCAACUGAAUCUUGGGAUUCAGUACUUUGAAUCCAUGGCUCGUGAUUUUGAAUUAUACCCCACCCCAGAGCAUUAUAGUUGCCUGGUUGAUUUGCUUUGUAGAGCAGGUGAAUUGGACAAGGCAUGGAAACUGAUGAAUGAGAUGCCAUAUACAGAGAAUGGCGGUUGCACAAUUGCCAUGUGGGGCACCUUGCUUAGUGCUUGCAAUGAGUGUGGAAAUGUUGACCUGGGCAAAUUGGCCGCCAGAAGAGCAUUGGAAUUGGAUCCUCAGAAUGCUGGGAUUUGUGUUUUACUGUCAAAUAUGUAUGCAAGGUUUGGUAUGUGGAAUGAGAUUGGGCAAUUGAGGGAAUUGAUGAAAGAAAGAGAGCUACAGAAAGAUGUUGGAUGUAGUUGGAUAGAAGUCACAAGUUGA